AUGCAGCUCGGAGAGCUCGGAGCAUGCGCAGAGAAUGUGCAAGAGGUCUGUUCCGUCGAAGCGGACAUUUUCCAACCGCAGUCGUUUGACCACGCGGAAGUACGUGGACAGCUUUUCGCGAGUGUCCUCGGACAUCUCGAACAUGGCGCCGCCGAAGUUGAGGGCCAGACGCUCGAUCUCGUGCAACCGCGGCAGGAUGGGCGGCAGUUCGGGGUGGUCCACGUCGGGAUCGAUCGUGACGGUCAGUUCGCGGACGCUGAGUGCGACGUGGGGGGAGUGUUGCAGCAGCUCGACGAAGCGGACGUAUUCCGAUUGGCCCGGGCCAUGGGCGAGGCGGAUGGUGUGGAAGACAAGACGGCGGACGACGGGGAGGAAAUUAUGACAAGUCAAAGCACAGGCAGCGAGGGCGGGGCGGUCGUCUCGAAGGCAGUGGAGGAUGUCCUCCCAUAUUUCUGGAGGUAG